UAUAUGAAGUAGUGCGUAUUAUUGAUUCACUUAAAUCUGAAAACAUCGUAUUGUUCUGGAUUGUUGGUAUUGGAGAGAGUUUAAUAGUAAUGGCUUCAUUGGAGAUUUUUAUUCUGGUCAUGGUCAUGUUCAUGACGAAUGGAACGUAUGGUAAAUCUCCUGGUUUGAAAUCAAGAAUAACAUCAAAAGGACUCAACUAUGCGGUUAACGUUGCUUUAGAUGCGCUGUCCAAAGAUUUAACGAGAAAGCAGAUUCCAGACCAGCAUGGAAAAUCUGGGCAUGUCUCCUAUGAUGUGACCAAGAUGAGAAUCACUAAGUUUACAAAGCCUACAAGUGUUAUAUCAAUGAUCCCAAACUCUGGAAUUUCUUGGAAAACAUCAGGAAUUGGCAUUGGUCUUCACGGCGACUUCCAUUACAAAUACAAGCAGGGAAUAAUUAAAAUUUCUGAUCAUGGAAGUUUCGACUUAAACGCUGGUGGAAUCUCGCUCCAGAUCAGGUUGAUUAUAGGAAUGGAUUCAUCUGGGCGACCUACCAUUAGUUCCUCAUCAUGUAGCUGUUCUGUACAAUCCACAAGCGUCAAGUUUCACGGCGGGAGAGCAUGGAUAUAUAAUCUGUUUCGUGGAAAGGUUGCUAAGACUCUGAAAAAUUCUAUAGAAGGUGGAAAUGGAUUGCUUUGCAAGCAGUUAACAAAAUUGGUGAACGUCGAUGGUGCAAACAAACUGGCAAAGCUCCCAGUGGAAGUGAAAUUAGCUAAGAAGUUUCUCUUAGACUACAGUUUCCUUUCUAAACCGUCAUUUCAAACCAACUUCAUGGAAACAUUUCACAAGGGAGAAGUAGAUUGGCUUCAAGGACCAAAGAACACUCCUAUUAUUGCGCCCCAACUGCCGACGGGCACUGAUACCUCCAGAAUGCUUUACAUCUGGUUGUCCGAUUAUCUGUUCAAUACUAUGUCUUACAGCGCUUUCUCUCACGACAUGCUAAAAUACAAUGUCACCGAUAAAAACAUUCCAGGAGAUGUUUUAAAUACUACGUGUAAAUUGACGUGUAUUGGUAACCUAAUUCCACAGAUUGGAAAAAUGUUCCCUAAUUCAAAAGUAAUGUUAAAUCUUCGAAGUACUGCCAUGCCAAAUAUGACCGUUUCCAAUGGAACAACAAAAGUUGAGGCAGUUGGUGAUAUUAAAUUAUAUGCCAUGACACCAAAUAAUAAAGAUGUGUACUUUCUGACAUUGUCUGCCAACAUGUCAACAACAAUAUCUAUCGCAGUUAAGAACGAAAAGGUGUACGCUAAAGUGCUCAAACUUCCAAUCAAGAUAAAGGUUAAGGAAUCAAAAAUUGGAACACUGAGUGAUGCCAUGUUGAACUUCAUUGUACAGAAAAUAGUGACUGUAUUUGUGGAACCGAAGCUCAAUGAACUUGGAAAAAAUGGCUUCCCAUUACCAAUUAUUGCGUCUGUUCAAUUUGUGAACACACAGCUAAAAUUACAAAAGGACUCUCUGCUGAUUGCAACGGACUUGAAGUACUCCGGUUAAGUCAAUGUGAUUAACCCCCCCCCCCCUUUCCAAAUCCUCGUCAACACGAAACAAGUUGAUCACCAGUUUCAUAAUUGGAUUUUAAUUCUUUUGACCAUUUAAAAAUAAUUAUGUAUUUUAACGUACACUUGCCAAGCUGUGGGAACUCGCAGGAAAAAUUAUUUGGCAGCCCCAAAUAGUUUUACCACUUUGUAAAUUAUUCAACUCUAAACUCAUUCAAAGAAUUUUGAUGUUCAGUUUGCUUUGUAUAUUUUUGUCCUCCGCUUUCACUAAAAGUGGGUCUGUCUUUCCGUCAUUCUGUCUGUCUGUCAUUCUUUCUGUAAAACACUUUCGUUUCUAGACGAUAUCUCAAGAAGCCUUUGAGCUUCUGUAAUGAAAUUAAAUACAUGUAUCACAACUCCCUAUGGCCUAAAAAAGUUUUUUGAUGUUCAAAGGUCAAGUCACUUGACCUUGUGACAUCAAAUAAGCUGAGAAAUAAAGCUAUGUUGCCCAAAAGCAAGAGAAAUAGGAUGAUCAGAGAUUAACAAAAUAUUAAUUUAGUACUCAAUAACAAAUCUUAAAGUUGAUCUAUUUAUUUGCCUGUGCUUUCCCCCAUUUGUCACUAUUCUCAUGCGGACUAAAUAAAAUAGUUCUAGAGCACUAUUAGUUAACACAUUACAUUCCCCUCGCAUUUGCCUCUCUUAGUCUUUGAAGAUUAUAUAUUGUACAAAGAUAUGGUAUUUUGUCUCAUCUUCAUGUGUCUAUUACAUGUAUUUAAAAGUCUACCUGAUCAUUUAAAACUUUGAAAGUAUUUUUGUAUUAAAUAUUAUAAAAUUUCUUGCAUAA